AUGAACCGACUAAGAAUUUCGUUAAAUCCUUCAAGGAAUGCGUUCAGGCGAUUUGGAUUGAUUUUGGGUAGCUCAACAGCGUUGGUUUACUACUCCAAUCAACAUUACAAAAAUGAUUCUCCAUUAUACAAAGGUCUCUUCAAAAACGAUCAGUUGCUAUCAAAUAGGCACCUAUUGAAGGCAGACAAGGAUUCUGACACUCUUGAAAGAGGAUUGUUUGACGCUUCUAUGAAAGAACUUGAAGAGCAGAACCGUAAAGUUAGAGCGCAACAGAUGAAGCGUUUUGGGUGGUUAACCAAGCUUAAGUUUUUUCUGGUGGAUUACGUUUGGGAACCGUUGGUUACUGUGGGACGACUAAUAGAACUGACCAUUCUUUUUUCUCCUAUUCUUUUGUUAAGGCCAAUUGUUUGGUUUGGGCAUCGACGACAUGAUCGUAGCAAUGAAAAAUCCGGAGCAAUCUUAUGGUACAAGUAUAUCAAGUUUUCAGCCGAACUCGCAGGUCCUUCUUUUAUCAAAUUAGGACAAUGGGCAGCAUCUAGGACAGAUAUAUUCCCUGAGGAACUAUGUAAUGAAUUAGGAAAGUUGCAUGCUAAUGCCCGUCCUCACCCACUUCAUCAGACAAAGCGUAUUUUAGAGAAAACUUUUGGGCUUCCAUUUGAUCACAUUUUUGACCACUUUGACGAGGUCCCUUUGGGCUGUGGAGCUAUAGCACAAGUGUAUCGUGGGAAGCUUAACUCUCAAGUUUUGGAAGAUAACAAGGUGACCGAAGACGAACAGUAUUUUGAGUUAAGUACAACCGACAGCAAAGGAUUAAGGUCAGCAACCAGCUUUGAAAACCAUCACCCAACUAAUCCAUGGGUCGCCGUUAAGGUGAUACAUCCAGGCGUAGAAAUGAAAGUACACCGAGAUCUAAAAAUUAUGAACGUUUUUGCAAACAUUAUCAACUAUAUGCCUACAAUGGAGUGGUUAAGUUUACCCGAUGAGGUUGAACAAUUUUCCAUACUGAUGCGUAUCCAGUUAGAUCUGCGCAUAGAAGGGAUAAAUCUGAAAUACUUCCAAGCAAAGUUUGCUGGUAGAGAAAGCGUCAAGUUCCCGAACUCGUAUAUGAAGUUCAGUGGGAGAGAAGUUCUAGUAGAGGAGUAUAUGCAAGGUGUAUCCAUGCAGAAAUUGCUGAAAUGUAAGUCCACUUUUGGAAAAGGCAUCACCAAAGAGACUAGUGACAAGCUUCUUGAUGCCUUUUUACAAAUGCUGAUCUUGGAUAACUUUGUUCAUGCUGACCUUCAUCCAGGGAACAUAAUGGUGAGAUUCUACCAGGCUGGCGAGCAUCAGAUUCAUCCAAAAAAAUACUCAACGGAGGAGGAAAUUGAUCAACUUUCUGUACAGCUGAACAAACUAUCAAUACCAGAGCUUGAAGACCGAUUAGAGACGCUCCAUAAAGAGGGUUAUCAUCCCGAAGUUUGCUUCAUUGAUACAGGAUUGGUAACAGAACUUAAUGAAACAGAUAGAAUAAAUUUCAUUGAACUAUUUAAUGCCCUCAGCGAAUUCGAUGGAUACAAGGCCGGCGAACUGAUGAUUGAACGAUCACGAACCCCAGAAACUGCAAUAAAUAAAGAAAUAUUUGCUCUCAAAGUUGAAAAGUUGGUAGACAGAAUACGAGAACGAACUUUCACAUUAGGUAGUGUAUCAAUUGGGGACUUGCUGGACCAAGUCCUCGGCAUGGUACGACAACAUCAUGUUAGAAUGGAAGGAGAUUUUGUCACCGUUAUUGUGGCAAUUCUUUUACUUGAAGGAAUUGGAAGACAGUUGGAUCCAGAACUUGAUCUAUUUGCCAGGUAUGUAUAUGGUUGGACCCUUGGAUUUCCUACCUAUUAG